AUGCCUGUGUCGAUAACGAUACCCAGUACUCAGCACCGCAUCUACGCUUCACUCUUUGCCAUCGCCAAGUCCAACAAAACCACCAUGGCCAGCACCAGCAACUCUGGUGGGGCCUUCACCACAAUCCAAGAGAGGGUCACUUUCGAGAAAGAGAUCAAGAAAAGCAAGUUCAUCGCCAUUGCUGGCCCCAUCCCCGAUGAAAAAUCCGCCAUGUCUUUCCUUUCUCAGGUCCGGGACCCACGUGCUACCCACAAUUGCUGGGCUUAUAAGGUGGGAGAUCAAUACCGCUCCAACGAUGAUGGUGAGCCUUCAGGAACAGCUGGGAAGCCAAUACAAACUGCUAUUGAUUCUUCAGGAAUAGAUAGAGUAAUGGUGGUGGUGAUCAGGUAUUUUGGGGGUAUCAAGUUAGGCACUGGGGGCUUGGUCAGGGCUUAUGGAGGAGUUGCAUCAGAAUGCUUGAGGAAUGCCCCAACUUGCCUGGUGAAAACAAAGGUGCCAAUGGGUGUAGAGGUCCCCUUUGACUUACUUGGAGUUGUCUACCAUCAGCUGCAAUCUUUUCACGUGGAAGACAUCAAGCAAGAUUAUGAUACCGGUAAAGAUGGCAUAUCUAUGGUUAGUUUUAAAGUUGAUUUUGACCAAGCUGAGAAAUUGGAGGAUGCACUGAAAGCCAAUUGUAGCAGAGAAUUAGAGUUUUACAAGCGAUGA